UGCUCACGGCUUGGUGAGUCCAGCGAAGGGACCUGCUUCAAAAAUUAGCCAGUUUGCACUUACCGAGCAUCCCUGUGUAUGCCCUCUUCUCCAGGCCAUGCCCACCAGAGGAUUUUUGUGUGUCGUCCCUAGCUGGAUUUGGGAAUGUGCUGCGUGGCAGAAAGCCAGUCCCUGUAAAGCUGCAGUUCUGCAAGGUGGAUAAUGGAAUCACUCUGCUAGUAACUUUUCCCCCUAAAUUCUGAGGCAUAUUUUAAGGUUGUGAAACAUAUUGACUCUGAAAUAGAGAUAAGAACUGGAGUAGACACAAACAGCGUAGGCGUUACACCCGGGUUUUUUUGCAACUCCCACUCUGUUGUAAAAAUAGUACAGCAAGGAGCACGCUGCUCUGUGCCAUCCUUCAGAGACCAAACGACGAUGGGACCACGUGUCUGGACAUCAGCGGACUGAACCAGAAGCAGAGCUGGGACAUAAGGCAUGGGCAGAGGUGCUGAACCCUUUCCUGUUCCUUAAAAUCGAUGGAGGUCUUACCAAAAGAUCAAAUUAAAUCAUUUUAAAUGUUAUUGAAAUAGAUAAAAAGUAGUAAUAUCAUUCCGAAGUGCUGCAAAAAUACAUUGCACUGAGCUAGGGUGCUUUCCGUCAAGAAGAGGGACAAUGGGAAGCUGCAGCAGGGUGUCCCUGCAUCCACUCAGUUUCUGUUCACAUUGUACACAACGCACCUGGUCUUUAGACCACACCUGCACCGUAAUUCCUAACUGCCCUUAAUUCUUUUGCAAUUCCAAACCGGAGCAAAAUACAAUUAAUUAGGUGCAGACCAGUUGCAGAAAUCAGAUAAGACUCGCUGGCAGGCAGCUGCUUCCAGGAGAUGUGUCUCCUGACGGAUGGGGACGUUGUGCAACUCGGGCAGAGCAUCACCCAGACGUGGGCUGGCGGCGGGGAGAGCGCCUGCGAUAAGACGUGAGGGUGUCACCUCAGCAGAGGAGAAACUCGCGGCCGGCGGCCGGGGUGGCUUUCCAACCCAGGAGAUAGUCACCGGAGCCCCCACGGCAGGACCAGCCACUGGCAUGGAUUACGAUGACACCGUCACCGCUGAGGUCUGCAAGGAGGAUGACAUUGAGGAUGGAGAGCUCUGUGAGGUGAUGGUGGCUGGUUACCCAGUGCUGCUGGUGAGGAACAGGAAGGAGUUCAGUGCCCUGGGCAGCAGGUGCCCCCACUAUGGUGCCCCGCUCAGCAAAGGAGUCUUGAAAGGGGAGAGGCUGCGCUGCCCCUGGCAUGGCGCUUGCUUUAACAUCAAAACUGGAGACAUCGAGGAAUACCCUGCUCUGGACUGUCUUCCCUGCUUUAAGGUAACCGUGAAAGACGGAAAGGUGUUUGUUACUGCAAAAAAGAAGGAUCUUGAAAGCAGCUUGAGGGUGAAGGAUGCAAGCAAGCGAUGCCUUCUCAACUGGGACACGAUGCUGCUCCUGGGGGGAGGUGUGGCUGCCCUGGCAUGUGCAGAGACACUUCGCCAAGAGGGCUUUACUGGCAGGAUCAUCAUGGCCACCAAAGAGAAACAUGUUCCAUAUGACAAGUCCAAACUGAGCAAGGAAAUGGACUUGAAAGCUGAGGACAUCUACCUGAGGAAACCUGAAUUCCUUGAUGCUCGUGACAUAGAGGUCUGGACAGAGAAAGAGGCAGUGUCAGUGGAUUUCCAGAAGCAGAAGGUCCACUUUAUGGACGGGUCCUCUCAGAAAUACAAUCAGCUGCUCAUUGCAACAGGCAGCCACUCCAGCCUCCUCGAAGUCCCAGGUGCAGACCUGCAGAAUGUGUGCAUUCUCCAAACCCCAGAAUGCUCCAGCAAGAUCUUAGAGCUGGCAACUGGGAGGAACCUGGUGAUUGUGGGAGCUUCAUUCGUAGGAAUGGAGGUAGCUGCCUUCCUCUCAGACAAGGCUGGCGCCAUCUCAGUGGUUGAAAAAAGGGAAUUCCCUUUCCAGAAUACGCUGGGUCCUCAGGUUGGAGGUGUCGCCAUGAAGAUGCUGCAAAAUAAAGGGGUGAAGUUUUACAUGAAAACAGAACUCUGUGAGCUGAAAGGAAAGGAUGGAAAGGUCACAGAGGCUGUUCUUGACAGUGGAGAGACGCUACCUGCAGAUGUGGUAGUGGUGGGAAUAGGGGUGUUCCCCAACUCAGCAUUUCUGAAGGGCACCUCCAUUGCCAGAGAUGACAGCGGUGCCAUACUCGUCAAUCUGUGCAUGCAAACCAACAUCCCAAAUGUCUUUGCUGCGGGGGAUGUGGUCUCCUUUCCUGUAGCACUGCUCAACGGGGACCAGUCCAGCAUCCAUCACCAACAGGUGGCUGAGGCCCACGGUCAUAUUGCUGCCUUAAACAUGCUGAAGAAGGAGAAGGAGUUGCACACUGUUCCCUUCUUCUGGACCAUGAUGUUUGGAAAAAGCAUCCGCUACACAGGCUGCGGGAAGGGAUACACAGACACUGUUGUGAAGGGCAGUCUGGAGGAACAGAAAUUCCUGGUCUUUUACAUCAGGGAUGGCUUCGUGACUGCAGCUGCCAGCCUGAACUGUGACCCCAUGGUGUCUCUCAUCGCAGAAGUUUUAUACUCGGGGAAACAAAUCUCUAAAGAAGAGGCAGAGGCCUGCGACAUCUGCAACACACCCUCGCUGGCAGAAAUGAAGCUCGGUACAUGCCCUGCUGCCAGGGGCACGGAGUCAACCAAGUAUUAACAGCUUCUCAUCCUCCCAUCCUGGCACAAAAGAAAUAAAAUCACGAGCAAAGCUGAACCCA